AUGAAUGCUCCGGCAGGUGAUAUCCCUCGAGCCCAGCCCCCUAGUGCCUCUGCCCCCGCCCAACACACCGGCAUAUGCUUCUCUGAGCAGCUGUUGUACAGCGGCCCUGGCACGAGUCCCGAUCAACCUCGAUCUCGGCAGAGAUGGGGGCUUGACAGCUCAGAGGCCGUCAGUUUUCCACUGAAGAUUCUGGCCAAAACAGGGAGGGUCCUUAGUCUACAGUCGAUAGAUGAAGAUGAUGAUAUCGUUGUCCUCCGGGAGGUCCCUGCUCAGGCAAGAAAGCCGUCUGAAACAGAGUAG